AUGGAUAGCUCGACUGAGAGCCAGGACCCGCCAACCGCAGAGCAAACUCUGCCACAGAUGGAGCACCUGGCCGUGGCCGUGGCGCAGAUUCAGGAGCAGCUGCUGGAAAUUCAGGAUUUCCGCAGGGCGCUGACCAGGAUCGAGCGCUCAGUGGACUCGAUUCGAGGAGGAGACCCGGGCUCGACCUCGCGACCAGUUCGUCGGAAGGUCUCCGGCGCGAGCACCAGCGCCAAGGAAGUACGAGCUCGGCUCGGGGAUCGAACGAGAUCCCACCUCUCCUCGAGCUCGGGGACCAUUACUACCUCCAUGAACAAGAUGAUGGAUGUUCUAGAAGAACAGACGGCACGGCAGCUGCAGCAGAAGCUGCGACGGAAGUCGGGGACCAUCGGGGAAGAAGGCGUUGAGCCACUGGAGCCAAACCAACAGCCUGAAGUCGAUACGAUCGGCCUGCACCAACCGAGCUCCUUGGAUUCAUCUCCCGCGAGCGGUCGGCGAGCGAAAGCCGGAUAUCAAGCCUCCGCCUCUUUGACUUCCGUCUCUCCGAAGCA